GGCACCCAUUCAUCAGUGGACUUGGGCGUUGUACUCCGCAUCUCAUUUGCGGCGGGGCCAAUUUCUCCAUUUACAAACUCAGCUCGAGAAAAAAUUGAAAGAAUUCGCGUUUCUUUUGCACCUUUGCCACAUUUUUGCAAGCUCUCACACGUCCCUUUGCGGUCAUUUCGGUUUCGGGCUGAUUCCACGGCUUCGCUUGGAGGAGGAGGUGUCUGCGUUUGACUAGAAAUUUUGGGGAGGAAGCUUGCGGUCUUUGUUCAUUCAUUUUGAUCGGUUGGGUUCCUUUGUUGUACCAAAAGCAUGGGAGCACAAAUCUCCAAAACCGCUGGAAAAGAGGAGGCUGCGGUGGAAAAGCCGGCAGAAGGCGCAGCUGUUGCAGCGAAGACAAAUGGACAGGAGAAUGGCCAUGCCAAGACCAAUGGGGAUGCCUCUCCAGCUGCAGAGGAGGCCAACAAAGCUGAUGUUCAGGCCAACGGCAGCACUCCUACCGAGGAGGCACCAAAAGAAGAUGGGGAGAAAGUGGAGGGUGCUGAGGCCAAUGGUGAGAAGGAGCCUGCAGCCACAAAUGAAGAAGCUUCUGCCAAACCGGAGGAAGGCACUCCAUCCACCAGUGAGGAUGGCAAGCAGAAGAAAAAGCGUUUCUCCUUCAAGAAACCCUCCUUCAAGCUCAGCGGCUUCUCCUUUAAGAAGACCAAGAAGGAGUCUGAGGAGGCAGCAGAGGAGGGAGCAGCAGCAGCAGCAGAAGGAGAGGAGAAACCAGCAGAAGGAGAGAAGGCUGCAUCCGAGGAAGCCCCUGCUGAGGAGGCCAAACCUGCUGAGGCUGCCGAGGGAGCCAAGGAAGCUGCAGCUGAGGAGCCAAAAGCCGAGGAGGAGGUGAAGGCCGAGGAACCGGCAGCAGCAGCAGCAGCAGGCGGAGAGGAGAAACCAGCUGAAGCUUCACCUACUGAGCCCGAGACGGCAGCCAGUCCAGAGGCCGCCGCUGAGUAAUCCUGCUGAGCAAGAAAUGAAGGAGGCGAUGGAGCCCGUGUGAAGGAAAUGCGAGGACUUGUCUAAAACCAGGGAUUUUUUUUGUUCAUUAUUUUUGUUGGUGUUUGUUUACUAUUCUGCAACCAUCUCAUCCAUAAUGACUGCAACGUCCUUGGCAGUGAUGGACAGGAGGUGUACUGGAGAGUGUGCUGCUUCCUCACUGCUCAUUGGUGCUUGCAUUUGUGACGUGGGUGAGUGUGAAGGUGUGAAUGCGAGUGUGAAUGCUUUUCUACAUGAAACCAUGACUGUGUUGACACAUACCUGAAUUCGACAUAUUUAUCCAAGUAUUUGGUGCUGGGCAAUUGGAUGUAGCAGCUAAAGCUGUGUCUGCAAGAAUUGACACAUUGUGAUAUUUAAAGGGAAAGUCCUAAACCAAGUCUUAAAUGUUGUCUUUGCAGUGCACAGUUGUUUACAACUCUUAAACUCAAUGCUCCUGUGGACACAACCAUUCCUGAAUGAUCUAGAUUUAGUGAACUGUCUAAAUAAUAGGUGCUCAUCACUUCCCAUUAUUAGAUCCCACCAUUUCAAAACUCUGUAGUAAUGCACGUUGUAUAGACUUUGAUAUUACUGGUUUUAUGACUGAGAUGUACCUAAAUGACUGAAGUUUUUAACAGAUUACCCAUUGUAAAUGAAGUUUUCUUGUUUUUCACCAUUUGUAAGAUUGAAUAAAAUUGGGAGAUGUUUUAAGCAAAUUUUGGAUCGCACUGUGAUGACUGCAACACCACUGAACACCAGAAAAGACACUCCAAUUUAGGGUCAGGGGUGCAAUAUUUGAACAGCAUAUUUCUGUAAAUAACUCAGCUCCACCAUAUUAAACCUAAAAUGUACCACAGACGUGUUAUAGGUGUUACAUUUAUUUUGUGUGAGCACUACAGAAUAAAGGAUUUAAGUUUGAA